CGAGGGCGGAGUCUGAUUUGUGCGUACGUAGACAUCUCUCGGAGUCAAACGAAGGUUCUGAGAUCAUUUCAUCAGGACGUAAACAUUUGUUGUGUGUGUGUUUUUUUUUAUUUAGCACAACUUUGUUUUGAGUCACUGUACGUUAAGACUGUAAACAUGGUCGCGAAACAGAGAAUACGCAUGGCAAACGAGAAGCACAGCAAAAACAUCACACAACGAGGGAAUGUGGCCAAAUCAUCGAGAGGCACCCAAGACGACAAGGCGGCAGUAGGACCCUGGCUCCUGGCUUUAUUCGUCUUUGUAGUGUGUGGAUCAGCCAUUUUCCAGAUCAUUCAGAGCAUCCGAAUGGGGAUGUAAGAAGACAAUUGGACAAUCAUCCUCCUUAUCAUUGAACAUUCCUCUCUUCUCUUAUCUCACUCUGCUGGCAAGAAUGAUCAACUCUCAGCUCUUCAUUUCUUUCAACCAUCCAUAGCUGUCACCACAAUAGUCUGAGCUCAUGUGCCUUACAGGAAUAAAAAAAAUGUAAGAGGAUCAAGCCAUACUGUAUCUUUCCAAACAUUCCAGUCUGAUGAAGACUGCUGCUGGAACACCGUUACUAUUGCAAACCUUCCUGGCACUGACUUUCACUACAGUGAUUCCUCAUGCAGCUGUCCUCCCCCCCCCAAAAAAGGACUGUUUUAUAUACACCAUGAAAUUUUAACUCUGAGGGGUGCCAAAAUAUCAGGUCUCAAUUUAGGUCACAAUAACUUGUAGAGUUGUCCUGAACUACAAUACAGUGAUGUAAAUUAUGUGGCGCUAUGCACCUUUCAUGCAUUCCUGCCAGUGUUUAUUGCUGUUCAGGGCUCUGGGGGGUGUUUUUUUUGUUUGGUUUUUUUUUCCCUUGACUUUUUUUAUUGGCUGAAAUAAGUGAAGGUCUUUUUAAAGUCAGGUUUAUGUAUUGGACAGCAGCAAUUUGUAAAGUUAUUUUUUUUUUCUUCUUUCCACAUGAAUGAUCUUUAACAAUAAACAGUUAAAUGACA